CGCAGUCCGGGCCGGCAGGCCGGGUGAAAGGUAAGCGGAAGGAGCCUGUCUUUCCUUUUCCGGUCUGGGCGCCAUAGACGUUGAGGCUCCGAGAUGGGCAAGUUUAUGAAACCUGGGAAGGUGGUUCUUGUGCUGGCUGGACGUUACUCUGGCCGUAAAGCAGUUAUUGUCAAGAACAUUGAUGAUGGGACUUCAGACCGACCAUACAGCCAUGCCCUGGUUGCUGGCAUUGAUCGCUACCCACGCAAGGUGACAGCCAGUAUGGGCAAGAAGAAGAUUGCUAAGCGCUCCAAGAUCAAAUCCUUUGUGAAGGUGUACAAUUACAAUCACUUGAUGCCAACCAGGUAUUCUGUUGAUAUUCCCCUGGACAAAACCAUUGUCAACAAGGAUGUGUUCAGGGACCCUGCGCUGAAACGUAAAGCACGGCGAGAGGCCAAAGUGAAAUUUGAAGAAAGGUGAGUCUUGAAGAAAAUAUAU